GUUUUAAGUUUCAAGCGCCGAGUAACUUGCUUAGCCCAGAGAGCGAGUCUAGAAAGUUACUACUGCCAAAUUUUUACCAUCGCUGUGAAAAUGUCGUCGGAGUUACAGCUACCCCCAGGCUUCCGGUUCCACCCCACCGACGAGGAGCUUGUGAAGCACUACCUCUGCCGGAAAUGUCAGUCCCAGCCAAUCUCGGUGCCUAUUAUCGCCGAAAUUGAUCUCUACAAAUACGACCCCUGGAAGCUUCCUGGUUUGGCUUUGUACGGAGAGAAAGAGUGGUACUUCUUUUCACCGAGGGACCGGAAAUACCCGAACGGUUCAAGGCCGAACCGGGCGGCCGGGAGUGGGUACUGGAAGGCGACCGGAGCCGAUAAGCCGAUUGGGCUUCCGAAGCCAGUCGGGAUCAAAAAGGCUCUGGUAUUCUACGCCGGAAAAGCUCCUAGAGGUGAGAAGACGAAUUGGAUUAUGCACGAGUAUCGCCUCGCCGACGUGGAUCGAACUCCGCGCAAAAAGAACAGCUUGAGGCUGGAUGAUUGGGUUCUCUGCCGCAUAUACAACAAAAAAGGUUCUCCGCUACAGCCGCCGAUAAGUCAGCAGGCGGUAAGUGGGGGAUCGGAAUUCGAGGAUGUCAAGCCGGGGAAUCUGAUGGCCUGCCCACCUCCGCCGCCGGCGGUGGCCUCCACGCGCCCGAGUGAGUAUGUUUACUUUGAGAAUUCAGACUCGGUGCCGCGGCUGCACACGGACUCGAGCUGCUCGGAGCACGUGGUGUCGCCGGAGUUCCAGAGCGAGGUGCAGAGCGAGCCCAAGUGGAAGGAGUGGGAGAAGGCCCUCGAGUUUCCUUAUAAUUACGGGGAUGCCACUCUAGGAAAUAAUUUCGGCGCGGAGUUCCAGGGCGGGAAUCAGAUGUCGCCGCUGCAGGAUAUAUUCAUGUACCUGCAGAAGCCUUAUUGAUUUGGACAGUUGGAUUGGAAUGGGGUCGGACGCAUUUCGGUGAAUCAGACGGCAACAGGAGACCCAAGUCAAUGAGUGUGCCUUCUGCGAGUUCUAGUGCGUUUGAGUUGGACGUUUAGAGUUUGAUGGGUACGAUUGGGGUUUUAUUCGUGCGUCCACCAUUUGGAUUCAUGAGUAAAACGAAGCCGUUGAAUUAGAAUGCCCGUUUAGGGGGUUAAUAAAAACGUAGUAUGCGUACAGCAUGUCGAUAUAGAUAUAGUAAUGUUGUCACAGAUGAUUUUGAUGGCGCCUUUACAAAUCCAAGUAUCCUUUGUUUCUAUCUUUCUCAUUUAGUAGUGCAAUUGAUGGGUUUUCUCUAUUCUUAAGCAUCUCAUUCAUAACAUUCAA